CGCUCAGGUUGUAGCAACAACAACAGCCCGAGCUACUGCGACAGCAGGCGGGGGAGCCAGCUGGCGUCUUCGGGAACACGACGGCGCUCCGCGCGAAGGCUUCUGAGUCUCCCUCGGUGGCGGCUUGUCCCAGCGCUGUCAUGAGCGGUCUUUCCCGCCUUCUCCAAUUUCGGGGCAUCUAGAGCAGCGCGGCGGGUUCUGGCCACACGACUCCCGUCGGUUCCUGCUCGCUGCGGGCAACGCGAGUCAAACCUGCGCAGUCAAUUCGGGCGGGCUACCCGCCCUCCCACCCCAUGGCGCCGCUGGAAAUUCGCCCUUCCUUGUCUCGGUCCCGAGGACGCCCGUCGAAGCCCUUCGGUUCUUGCCUCCUGCUGCCGUCCCCGUGAGAAGACGCCUCCGCCUCGUCCAAUUCUCCUCCGCCACCACCACCACCUUCUCUUAUCCCAAGCUUGAGGGGUCGGGAUAUCGGCAGCCCGUCGGGACUCCUCCGCCGGGUGGGCUCGAACAUGCCUUUGCCCUCGUGCUGCUGCUCCUCGUCCUCUUCGGUCCUCGGUGGCACAACUGGUGGCUCGGUGCCCCUCGUGGGCGCUGGGAGCUGAUUCUCCGCAGAGACGUGGGGUGGGGUGGGGUGUUGAGAAGAUGAACCACGUGGGCAGCCCUGUGAAAGCUUAUGACUUUUUGCUCAAAUUCCUCCUGGUGGGGGACAGUGACGUGGGCAAAGGAGAGAUACUAGCUAGCCUGGAGGAUGGAGCCACUGAAUCUCCAUAUGGAUACAACAUGGGUAUUGAUUACAAAACAACAACAAUACUUCUGGAUGGCCGGCGAAUAAAGUUGCAGCUCUGGGACACAUCUGGACAAGGCAGAUUCUGUACCAUAUUUCGUUCGUAUUCCAGAGGUGCUCAGGGUGUGAUACUGGUAUAUGAUAUAACAAAUCGCUGGUCAUUUGAUGGCAUUGAUCGGUGGAUAAAGGAGAUAGAUGAGCAUGCUCCUGGUGUACCCAAAAUCCUGGUUGGCAAUCGCCUGCAUCUAGCCUUCAAAAGGCAAGUGUCUACUGAGCAGGCACAGGCUUAUGCUGAAAGAUUAGGCAUGACAUUCUUUGAAGUAAGCCCACUCUGUAAUUUCAACAUCACAGAGUCCUUUACAGAACUUGCAAGAAUAGUGUUAAUGAGACACGGAAUGGACCGGCUGUGGAGGCCAAACAAGGUCCUGAGUCUGCAAGAUCUUUGUUGCCGUGCCAUAGUUUCCUGCACACCUGUGCACCUGGUUGACAAACUUCCACUCCCUGUUGCCUUAAGAAGCCAUCUCAAGUCAUUCUCCAUGGCCAAUGGCCUAAAUGCUAGGAUGAUGCACGGUCGUUCUUACUCUCUCACUGCCAGCAACAAUAACAAAAGGAACAGCCUGAAAAAAGCCAAAAUCAUCCGUCCGCUCCAGAACCCUCCAAAGCCUUGUGUCAGAAAUAGUUGCAAAAUCUCUUAAGCUAUCUUUGGAAAUCUUUGCCCAGCAUUGUAAACACAAGGACUAAUUCAGUAGCCAAAUCUAUUGUAUGUAGGUAUUGCUUUGCAGGAACAGGAGAAAAAAGAAAAAAAAUAUUUUAGAAUAUUUGUUUUUAAUAAUGCUGCUUCCAGAUAUAUGAUGCAUUCUGUGCAAACAGAGGAAUGUGAAACUUUAAUGUUGGAUUUUAUAUAUAUCAAUUUUUUGAUGUGCAUGAAAUCUUUGUGUAUUUUAUAAAGGGAAUAAUUUAUCACAAUACUGAGCUUUUGUGUCACAAUCUCAAAAGUGACUAAUUUUUAAUAUUGCUCAAUUACUACAUUUUAUUUGCAAUUAGAAUGAAAGUCAAUUGUACAUUCAUCUAGUUUUAAACAACAAUGUAUUGUAUACAUUGUAAAAUAUAUAAGUAGUGACAUUAUUCUAGUAUUGUUUCAGUAGAGCAUCUGAUUCUGGUUUUGUACAGUUUAUUGAGUGAUUCUGAAGCACGACUUUUGAGCUACUAAUGUAAUAUGCACAAGAAAUUGUCUCAUCCAUGUAUAAAACAUUUGAUAAAGUUUUUGCUAUGUUUCAGAAUUGUGGAUUAUAUGCUUAUUUUUCUGGUAAAUCUACAUUUUUGUAUUAGAUAUUCUAGUGAUCAUUAUAUAGUGAAAAAGCCAAAGACAUCAAGACAUAUUUGCUAUAGCCUAAGAAAAAAUGUAAUUUGAAAAGCUGCUUUAUCAGGAAAGGACACUAUUAUUUAAAAAUAAAAAUAAAUCCUGCAAAGUU